AUGAGGAAGAAGAGAAGAAACCAAAAUCAUAGAGAUGAUGGCGAUUCGCUGUUUUCAGAGCAAAUCUUUCAGUGUUUACUGAAUUUUCCACCCAAUUUUCAUAUCAUGUCGUUCUCUUCCACCUUCUUACAUUCCUUCUCAAUUCCCAAAUGCCCCAUUUCUUCUUCUUCUUCCUCACUGCCCACGUCCAGAGCUUCUGCCGCUACUUCUCAACUUCCUACCGGAAUUCGACUCCGGAGAGGCGGCGCCGGUCGAGUUUUGGACUCGAAAUCCAUCCUGGUUUUGCUCGGCACUGGUUUCACUCUCUCCUUUCUGGGACCUGCAUCGCCUUCUGCUGCGACGGAAUUCCAGUCUUCGCUUCUGUUUAACGAGCCCCAAAAUGCUCUGUCCUUGCCCACCUGGGCCGUACAUGUUUCCAUCGUCGUUGAAUGGAUUGCAGCAAUGGCUUUGGUGUGGCAGUAUGGAGAGAAAUCUGGCAAUGAGUCUUGGAAAGGACUUUCUUGGGGAAUGGUACCCUUGCUAGGUGGAGCAUUUUGUGCUUGCACAUUGCAUUUUUUCUACAAUUCUGAGUCUCUUGAGGUAUUGGUGGCCCUUCAGGCAAUGCUAACGGUUAUAGGAAAUGCUACAAUGUGCAUUGCUGCAUUUCGCAUAUACAAAUCAUCACAAGAGCGUUCAAAGAACUUGUAAAGGAAACUCAAGUCUCUGUUACACUAACGUAUGUACGUACUACCACACCCUGUUUCAUUAUAUAUCAUUAUUUUUCAUCCUCCA